AUGAUUCAACAAUCACCAAGAACAAUACAGACAACUCAGAGAUUCAUGGAAGAUUCUCUUCAGCACUUAGAGCAGCAGAAGAAACAUGUAUUAAUGAGUCUUCAGGUCAAUCAGACAGCUCAGGAGUCUUACUCGCCACAGCCAAUGCAGUAUUACUCUCAGCUUCCAGUAAGACUCCUAAUAGACUCAGGGUCUGAGCUGACGUUCAUCUCAUCAAGUGUGGUAAAGACUUGUCAUCUCCAACGUCGUCCAUCAGUGAUAUCAGUGCUGGGAAUUGGUAACGCACCAGCUGUACAAACUAGAGGAGUGACAACAGUGACACCUAGCUCAACUCACACACAGGAGCAAGUUACAAUUAAUGCUCAUAUACUCAAAUGUGUCACUGGUACUUUACCAACCAGACAACUCAAGGAAAUCAACUGGUCAGCUUUCAACUCUCUUCAACUUGCUGAUCCAGACUACUCAACUCCAAGACCCAUUGAUAUCUUAAUAGGAGCAGAUUGUUAUGGUCUGAUUGUGAAUGCGGGCAUCAAACAAUUUCCUCAGUCAUCUCUAAUAGCCCGAGAUUCAAUCUUUGGAUGGAUGCUCAUUGGAAUUCCACAACAGACAAGAUGCUCAAGUAAGAGAACUCAUCAUGCAGCAAGGGUCAGCUCAUACCAGCAAGUAUCAGAUCUCUUGACAAAAUUCUGGGUUCAAGAAGAAGUUCCAGAUACUUCAGCCAGCCAACUCAGCCCAGAUGAUCAAUCUUGUAAAGAUCAUUAUGUUACGACUCAUUCAAGAGAUCAAGAUGGGAGAUAUAUUGUGAGAAUAUCGCUAAAAGCAUCACCAUCUCUUCUAGGCGACUCAUCAGCGAGAGCUCAUUAG